AUGCGCAAAGUAAUUCUCAAAACAAAAAUUUAUAGUUGUAUCCUAAUUAUACUUUCAGGAACAGUUGCUGUUAUAGCUUGUAUAUUAGCUGCUUAAGUGGAUGAUUAAGAAGUAAAAAUUUAUGGAACUCUUUAUACAAUAGCUGCAUUAAUAUUUAUGUAAAUUAACUUAUAUAUAUUCUACCAAUUACAUACUAUUAAUCUGAUCAAUGCAGAAAUCAAUAAUUUCAAUUGCUUCUCUUCAUGGAAAGUACUACACAAAUCUAUUUUAAAUAAUUCAGAUUUAUGGUUUUCAAAAUAUCUAUUAAAAUGCCUAAUAGUUAUUAUUUUUCAUAGUACUCUUAGUUUCAUAACAAGAUUGAAAUAUAGUAAUGUUGCUUUUGAGUUCGAUUAAAGUAUUUAAUAAUUAAAUUAGAUAUGUCUAUUUCUAUUGUACUUUUUGUUAUCAGCUUUAUAUUUGGUUUCAUAGUUUAAAUACACUUUGUAAUAUAGUUGAUAACAAUGUUGGCUGAUUUUAAAGAGUAUGCUAAGGAAAUAGUCUUUAGUUUUCACAUAAAAGAAUCACUUUAGGAGGAGAAAAUAUAUAAAAGAGCAAUUACAUUUAUGGCAAUAAUCUUUGUACUUGUUUCAAUUGCUUAUUAUACAUUAAAAUUAGUUUUAUAUAUAAUGAUAACUAAGAAUAGUGAAGAAACUAAUACUAAAGUAUUUUCAAUUAUUGUUUCUAUCCUAAAUGUUAGUUGUAUAAUAUUAUGUUCCAGAAUAUAUAAAUAACUUAAAAUCAUUUAUAAACAAAUACCAGAUACUUAAGAUAUGAUAAUCUAUAGUAUAAAUAUCCCAUGUUUUACAGGAUGGUUCAUUUUAGUUAGAUCAUUAGUAUUUUGUAAGAAAUUCAGAUUUUGGAGAAAUUUAACGUUUGUUUUAUUGUAUAUCUAAACUAUUUAUGGAUUAAUUAAAUUUCCUUUUUAUUAGAUAUAUGAUGUUACAAUAUAUAAAAUGUACAGUCUUGAAUCUUAUUUAUAUUGUGAUACAGCUAUAUUAGUGGCUUUAAUGUUUUGGUAAUUCAUUGAGUAGUUUGCUAGAGUUAUUCAUUAAGUUAAGAGAAGAUAUCUUGCAUAUUAAUUUGAAGAUCAUAGAGUAUUUAAUUUAAUUAAUUAUAGUAAAAUAUAAUCCUUCCUAUUGAAAUUUAAGGAUAAUCAGAUGAAUUUGGAAGAAUAUAAUAAUAACAAAUCAUAGAAAAUUUAGUAGAAAAUGCAUAAGAAGAAUAUGGAGAAUGUUGUUUUUGUUUAGAAAAGAUUUCAAAAGGUUAAAGAGUUCAUAAAUUAAAAUGUCAUGCUUCUCAUGUUUUUCAUUAUUAUUGUAUGUCAAAAUGGUUAGCUAAUCAUAAUAAUUGUCCUUUGUGUUAAUAAACUAUCAAUUGA